CGAGCCAGUGAGCUCAUGGCAAAGGCGCCCAGCAGGGCGGGGGUGGGUGCCCUGGUCUAUAAAGCCCCCGUGGCUCUUGGGCCUGCCGAAGCGGUUAUGGACGGCACCAUGGAGGGCUCCGAGGCGGUGCAGAGGGCCACGGCGCUAAUUGAGCAGCGACUGGCGCAGGAGGAGGAGAAUGAGAAACUCCGGCGAACCGCCCAGCAGAUGCUGCCCAUGGACAUGCUGGUGCUGGAGGAUGAGAAGCACCAUGGGGCAGCUCCGAGCCUGGCCUUACAGAAGGUUAAGGGCCAAGAGCGUGUGCGCAAGACAUCCUUAGACCUGCGGCGGGAGAUCAUUGACGUGGGUGGGAUCCAGAACCUCAUCGAGCUGCGGAAGAAACGGAAGCAGAAGAAGCGGGCCGCCGCCCUCGCUGCCCAGGAGCCGCCUCCAGAGCCCGAGGAGAUAACUGGCCCUGUGGAGGAGGAGACAUUCCUGAAAGCUGCGGUGGAAGGGAAAAUGAAGGUCAUUGAGAAGUUUCUGGCUGACGGGGGUUCCCCGGACACCUGCGAUCAGUUCCGAAGGACGGCACUGCACCGAGCCUCCCUGGAGGGUCACAUGGAAAUCCUGGAGAAGCUUCUGGAGAGCGGGGCCACUGUGGACUUUCAGGAUCGGCUGGACUGCACGGCCUUGCAUUGGGCCUGCCGCGGGGGCCACUUGGAGGUGGUGAAACUCCUGCAGAGCCGAGGAGCAGACACCAAUAUCAGGGACAAGCUGCUGAGCACCCCCCUGCAUGUGGCCGUUCGAACGGGGCACGUGGAGAUUGUGGAGCACUUUCUGUCCCUGGGCCUGGACAUCAAUGCCAAAGACAGAGAAGGGGACAGUGCCCUGCAUGACGCUGUGAGGCUCAACCGCUACAAAAUCAUCAAACUGCUCCUCCUGCACGGGGCCGACAUGAUGGCCAAGAACCUGGCAGGAAAGACCCCCACGGACCUGGUGCAGCUGUGGCAAGCUGACACCCGGAAUGCUCUGGUGAGCCCUGAGCUGGGGUCUGAGCAGAACGGGCUGGAGGGGGCUGCUGAGAGUGGCCCGGAGACCCCCCAGCCUGUGCCAGCCCAGUAAACGCCUGAAUGGCCCCCAGACCUGGGCAAUUCCUCUGUGGAAGACCCAGGAGCACCCACAAUCUACUG